UUUAUGGAAAGAUGCCCAAAUUUGAAGACAUUGGUCAUUUAUUGGGUUGUUUUAGAGGCAAAACCCAUGAAGAAUGUUAAAUCUUGACCAACUUCACGCAUGGCUUUGAGUCUUUCUCUCAUCAAAGAAAUCCGUUACCCUUCUUCCAUUUUAACUUACCUGUUUUUCCCACUCUCCAAUUUCAGACCGUUAUUUUCACGAACCUUAACAUCCUUUGAAUUUCCAGCGUUCCUAUUCUCCUCUAUCAAUCAAUAUUCUUCUUCACCUCUCCACAUAUACCCUUCUUGCAACCAUGGAAGGCUCUACUAUUGCUACGGAGACAUCUCAUUCUAUGCAUAUCUCCUUGGUAGUUCGACCCACAAAAAGCAUCUGGAUCAAAUCCAUGCUCAGUUGCUCAUCUCGGGUCUGCAACAAAACGGUUUCUUGAUUACGAAAUUGGUGAAUGUAAGCUCGGAUAUCGGAUGCAAUUUUUAUGCCCGCAAGUUGUUCGAUGAAUUUACUGACCCUGAUGUGUUUUUGUGGAAUGCAAUUGUUAGAGGUUAUUCGAAACACAAUAUGUUUGGAGAUGCUCUUGAAAUGUACUCUAGGAUGCAAGCAAUGGGGGUUAGCCCGGAUGCUUUUACUUUUCCGCACGUGCUCAAAGCUUGCAGUGGAUUACAGGCACUUGAAUUUGGUCGCCGGGUACAUGGGCAGACAUUCAGAUAUCGGUCUGCUUGUGAUGCGUUUGUGCAAAACAGUCUUGUGGCGUUUUAUGCGAAAUGUUGUCAAAUAGGUCGUGCUAGGAUGGUGUUUGAAAGGUUAUGUGACAGGUCGAUUGUUUCAUGGACUUCUAUAAUUUCUGGCUACGCGCAGAAUGGGGAGCCUAUGGAGGCUUUGAGAAUUUUCAGUCAGAUGAGACGAUCAAACGUCAAGAUAGAUUGGAUUGCACUUGUAAGUGUUCUUAGGGCUUACACUGAUGUAGAAGAUUUGGAACAAGGGAAGGCUAUCCAUGGUUGUUUAAUUAAGUUGGGUCUUGAAUCUGAAACUGACUUGCUCAUUUCGCUCACAGCCAUGUAUGCAAAAGGUGGGCAAGUCACGGUUGCCAGGUCGUUUUUUGAUCAGAUGGAAGAACCGGGUUUAAUAUUGUGUAACGCCAUGAUUUCUGGUUAUGCAAAAAAUGGUCACGCCGACGAAGCUGUGGAGCUAUUCCGAAAGAUGAUAGCUAAGAACAUAAGAACAGAUUCCAUCACUUUGAGAUCUGCUAUUUUGGGUGUUGCCCAAGUGGGUUCUCUAGAACUCGCAAAAUGGAUUGAUGAUUAUGUGAGUAGGACAGAGUAUAAAACUGAUAUUUUUGUUAACACAGCCCUAAUUGAUAUGUAUGCCAAGUGUGGAGACAUUGAUUUUGCUCGUGAAGUGUUUGAUAGAACACCUGAUAAAGAUGUUUUUGUCUGGAGUGCAAUGAUUGUUGGCUAUGGACUGCAUGGCCGAGGACGAGAAGCAAUUGAUACUUACUACGCUAUGGAGCAAGCUGGAGUUCUUCCUAAUGAUGUCACCUUCCUUGCGGUUCUCACAGCCUGCAACCACUCGGGGCUUGUGGAAGAAGGAUGGAAGCUUUUCCACUGCAUGAAAGACUACGCUAUUGAGCCCCAAAACCAGCAUUAUUCUUGUGUUGUUGAUCUACUUGGACGUGCAGGCUACGUGGAAAAAGCUUAUCAUUUCAUCAUGAAGAUGCCAAUCGAACCCGGUGCAAGUGUAUGGGGAGCGAUUCUGAAUGCGUGCAUGAUUCACCGCCAUGUGAAAAUUGGAGAAUAUGCUGCAGAGAAGCUUUUUUCCUUAGACCGGUCUAACACUGGGUACUACGUGCAACUUUCAAAUAUAUAUGCCUCAGCUCGUAUGUGGGAUUGUGUUGCAAAGACACGAGCAGUGAUGAAGAGGAAAGGGCUAAGUAAGGAUCUUGGCUAUAGUGCAAUUGAGAUCAAUGGAAAGCUACAAGGAUUUCGUGUGGGAGAUAAAUCGCACCCGAGGUCUCGGAAGAUUUUUGAGGAGCUUGAGAAUCUAGAGAGGGGGUUGAAGGAGGCAGGAUUCGUGCCACAUACUGAGUCCGUUCUACAUGACUUGAACUAUGAAGAAAAGGAGGAGACCCUUUGUAAUCAUAGUGAGAGGAUAGCCAUUGCUUAUGGCCUUAUUAGUACUGCUCCAGGUACAACACUCAGAAUAACCAAAAAUCUUAGGGCAUGUGUGAAUUGUCAUUCAGCAACUAAGCUUAUUUCCAGGCUUGUCAAUAGAGAGAUAGUCGUUAGAGAUGCUAAUCGUUUCCAUCAUUUCAAGGAUGGAUUUUGUUCUUGUGGAGAUUAUUGGUGA